AUGUUGGAUGUGUCCGAAUACUCAUCCGCUUCAGAGUGUUGCUUUGCGGACAUAAACACGACAUCAUCAAGAAGAAAAAAGAGCAAGAACAAGCGGAGGUUCAGUGACGAACAAAUCCGAUCCCUGGAGGUCACCUUCGACUCCGAGACCAAGCUCGAGCCCGGGAAGAAGGCCCAGCUCGCGAAGGAGCUGGGCCUCCGGCCCAGACAGGUCGCCAUUUGGUUCCAGAACAGAAGGGCUCGCUGGAAGUCCAAGCAGAUCCAGAAAGACUACAGCGUCUUGUUGGCUAGUUACAACGAUUUAGCCUCCAAAUUUGAGCGUUUGAAGGAAGAAAAGCAGCACUUGCUUGUACAGUUGCAGAAUCUCAAGGAUGAAAUGGAGAAAUCGGAAAACAGAAGUAAUGGGAACAGCAGCAGUGAUGGGGAGUGGGAUUGUAAGAAGGAGACGAAUUCCGAGCCCAACAACAAUAGUUCUAGCCAACUAUUCGUGGGCAUGCUUUCGGAUGGUGAUGAUGUCAGCACUAGGACAGAAUUCGUGAUUCUGCCCGACGAACUGGACGAUGAGGAGCUGUUGAAAUUGGUGGAGAGUCCACUGACAUCGUCCGAUGAUUGGGAGGCGACUAAUCUUGAUUCCGAUGAUCACAAGUGGUGGGAUUUUUGGUGUUGA